AUGGAAUAUGAGCAACGCCCGAAGCGCACGUCUAAUGCUUGCCAACGCUGUCGUUCCCGCAAAGUUAAGUGCUCGGGCACGCAGCCGUGCGACAAAUGUCGUCAGCGUGGUCAAGAUUGUGUCUUUGAGGAGGACCGGAAGAUCGUGGUAUCCGAAGAGUGGGUGACUGGUUUCUUGACAAGGAGCGGACUGCUGACCGACAGGCUGUUUCGAUCGCUAAAGCGGAAGGUCGAGGAGUUGGAGAACUCUCCAGCUCCAGCACAUAAGAAAAGAACUAGGACAUCGAAACACGAUGGGGUUGAUUCGUCCACAGAGGUGCGCACACCGGAAAACCACAGAGAAUCGACCCCACACCGCCACGAGGGCAACCCGCAUGACGAGCGAUUCUCCUCGAACCCCUUGGUCUCCCCGUCCUAUUUGAAAAACGAACAGCCUCGAAGAAAGACGUGGUUGUUUCUCGGUCCCACCUCCACCUGGUCCUACAGUCGCCGCGUCCUCUCCGUGAUCCAGGACCGACUCUACCCCAACAAGAUCGAGCCGAUCCCGCUGGCCGUCGACGGCGAUGCAUACCAAAUACACUGGCGACAGGCGAGCUCGGAGGAAUUGCCCGAUAUCAGCGGACUACCGUCACUGGAGCACGCGCUGUACAUAGUCAACACCGUGCAAUUCCAUUUCGGCUAUUUGUACCGGUUAUUCGACGAGAAGGAGUUCCUGCGGAAUCUUCACGAGUUUUACGACAAUGCCGGUGCCAAAGUACACGAGACGCGCCUCUGGUACGUGCAGUUCUUGGUCAUCCUCGCCUUCGGAGAGGCAUUGCUGGUGCCCAUGCGCAAGGCAUCCAGCACUGCUACCUGGACGAAACUGUUCUCGAGAGCCAUGUCUUUGUUACCGGAUAUCACCGGGUUGUGGCAGAACCCAACCUUGGCCAUUGAAGUUUUGACUCUGAUAGCUCUGUAUUUCCAUUCGGUGGAUAUGCGGGAUACUGCGUACUGCUAUAUUGGCCAUGCCAUGCGCAUGGCUCUGGUCGAGGGUUUACACCGUGCCCCUCCAGUGGAGCAGCUGGGACAGGAACUAGUGGACCGGUGCAACAACAUCUGGUGGACCGUGUAUGUAUUGGACAGAAAGUUUGCAGCGUUGAUUGGAUCGCCUUACUCGGUCAGCGAUGCGGAAAUCACCACCGUUUUGUGGGAUCCUCAGACAUGCACGCAGAAGGAAGCUGCCUUGAGUCUGCAUGUCAAGAUUUCCCAAGUGAUCACUCGUGUGCUUGGAACGGUCUAUAGCCCAGAUGGAAAGCUAGGCGGCGUGUUCCUCCGAAAGCUGCGAUCGGUCCUACAAGAGAUGACAGACCUGUCCCGCGAGCUUGAUGCCGUGUUUGCUCGCCGCUUCUCCAGCUCCGUAGAUGCCAUUUCCGGAGUCACCACGCGCUUAACGAUUUCUUGCCACCUGUGUAUCAUCGUAACAACCCGACCACUCGUCCUGAGCCUUCUCUGGGAGCGACUAAGCUGCUACGAAGCAGGUGAGCCUUUCCGAACUUUAUCAGCACCCGUCCGGACCCUCCUCGAAGCAUGCAUCGAUUCCGCCACAAAGUCACUACGAAUCUUGUUAGCACUACAGGACCACAAUAUUCUCCAAUCCUUCCUCCCAUUCGACCUCGAAAACCUCUUCUCCUCGUUUUUCAUACUCUCGGUAAUAUCAGCAAUCCUCCCCGACACCCAGCCCGACCCGGAUUUCAACUAUCGAGAGAUGGGCUUCAGUCUGCUCGACGAUAUGAUCUCCCGUGGUAAUCGCGUAGCCCAGUUGCGCAAAUCGGAAGUCGAGUUGCUGGAGGAGCUUAUCCAGCCGCUGGUGCAGGCGUCGACUCAGCCUGUUGGACCCGGAAAUGAUGGAAGGUCCCAGACCCCAGGGAUCAAUGCAGUUCCAACCGUGAACAGUGUACUACCUGCGUCGACUCUCCCACCUGUGGACAUCAACCAGGAAGAUGAUCUCAGCUUUGACUGGCGAGAUUAUGGGCUAUCGCUGGAGUACAUGUUCUCGGUGACUGAUCAGCUUAACGCGAAUAAUCUCGUUUUGGAUGCGGAGAGGGAGGGACUGCAGAACGAUUUGUGGCUGUGGAGUGAUGGGUAGGGAUCAACAAGAAAAAAAAAAAAUCAUAUAGACGUGGUUAUCCUGUCUGCUGAUUGGACUUUGCAUUGGAUGAUAGGGUUG